CCCUGCUCUUUGCCUCUGCUGUUGCUUCAAAGUGCUGGAAGCAUCAGAUGACAAGAUCUGGUCCUAGGCAGUGGAGGGCACUGGGGAAACUUGAACUGGUUUGGUGUUGGGUCAUCUCCUCCUGGGUGGUGGGACAUGGAAAAGGCUGAAAGUGGGGAUGGCUUUCUCUGAUGUGCCUUUUCUUUUGGGUCUUCUUUCGGAGCUUCACAACUGCAGUCCACACGUUUUGCUUCCAGCGAGAAAAACACCUGCAAAUUCUCCACAGAAGAUCUUAUUGCAUCUGGGUGUGAUAGCUGGAUCAUUGCACUUGCCCUGGUUUCUCUCCCAGGCUAAUUACAGGCCUCUUGGACUCUCUUGGGCAGCUUUGGCAGGUGCUCAACUUGUCUAGCUCCAGUGCCGGGGAGCCCCAACCACAACCAUAAAGUCUUUCCCCAGCUAUUAGGAAGCGGUUAUGCCCCUUGGGCAUCUUCUCAUCGCCAGAAGCUGGUAAGUGGACAGGUCCUACACAAAUAAACUUCUGAAGGGCAGGGAGUCAAAAUAUCCCUGGGCUUAUUUGGUGGAAGAAGGUUAACCAGUGUGAAGUCUAUGAAUUGCUGCUGACCCACUGUUGUUGACAAAAUAACAGUGUUAUUAAUUGGAGUCACAGGCAGACUACCUGGGGACAUUUAGAAGGAGCUGGGCCAUCACAAGGGCCAAGAUCUCCCUGGGAGAAGAUCUGUCUGGGCUCUUUGGAGAUGCACGUAGGGUCUUGGCCAUGCUCUGGUUUGGGUUCUGUUGCUGAGGAUGAGGUGUGUAAGGGUCUCAGUCUCCCACAGUGGCCACGGGAGUGUGGGGACUUGCUGACAGGGGAGCUGUGGCAGAGAGGCACAGGAGGAGCCCAGGCACCAGGUGACUCCUUUAGAGUGAGCUGAAGUGGUCUGUUGAUCAAGUUGAUGGUGUCCCUUCUCAUUGCAUGGAGAUUGGACAAGAUGACCUUUAAAGUUCCCUUCCAACCCAAACCUUUCUAUGUUUUUUAUGAUGACUAUAAAGAGACUCCUGGGUCCCCAAAUUGAGGUUUCUGCCCUCAAGCUGAAUCCUACCCAUGGCAUCAUUGCAUGAGCAGGAGCAACAGCUUCAUCGUGAAGGUGAUGUUCAGGAGUGUGACCUGCGCUGCUCUCAUUGACGUGGGAGGCGCUCACUGUCACCUGCCAUUCCCCCAGCCCGGCAGCUUAUUUUAGCUUGUGUCAGGGCAGUGGUCGGUACGUGGCCUUGGGUGCCAUUGCAGCAUUUCAACUAGAGCAGAACUGCCAUCAUGGCAGCUGAGCCCAGCAAGCUCCAAAGCUGUCUGCUCCUAUCAUGGCUGGCAAGUUCGUUCACAGCUUCUCACGGCAGUGCGUGAUGAACAGCUUGCUUCCCUCGGCCUGGAAGCGAGCAGAAAACCCGUGCUGGCACUGGCCCAAGACAGAAGCUAUGGGAAUCCUCCUCGACAGCGUGACAGCAAAUGCUUGUCUAGCGUGGGGCCGGUGCUGGGAGGCUCUCGCCCAACGAGCCCUCAGUGAAGCCUGUCCCAUUGCAGGAAGAGCUUGCCUUGGGCUGUGAGGUUUCCUGCACCUGCGUGACUAAGCACGAUGGAAAGCACCUUUGGUGUGUGCCAGGGUGGUAGAGAUUCAGCUGCCAGCAAAGAAACGUGCCAGUGCGUGUCCCACCAUGCUUUGAGGAGGUGGGUGGCACCUAGUGGAGGCGGGCAAAGGGGCUGUGCCCUCUCCUUAGUUUCCUUAAAAAGCUUGCAGUCACCUCCAAGGUAAGGUCAGCCACAUUUAGGUGGAGCAUCAUACAGGUGAAAGGUGCUCCUCAAGGGCUAACAGGUCCCUAUAGCCCCACAGCUGAAGCCCCCUUUGCUAGGAUGCUCAGCCUUGCCUAAUUCAAGUUCUGCCGUGCAAACAUGACAUGGAGGAGCCAAUGGGAGCAAGAUCCAUAUGCCUGCUCCGCUUGCGCAGCCUCUCAGCAUGGUUUUGCCUGGGGUCAAGUGGCCGCAGGGGUGGAGCAGUCCAUCAGGCAGGAGUUUGGAGCAGCUUGACCGUUCUCUGCAGAGCAACCAUGGCAAGCGGCCCAUGUUUCACAAGUGGGGUUUUCCCAUCAGGCUCUCCACCGGCUAUAAAUAUCAGGAAACGUUUUGUCAUUUUCUGCUCCGGAGAAGGUCAGGAGCUGGAUUCUGUGGUCUUCAGAGCUUUAAUGAGGUUGGCGAUUUAUGCAGUAUACCCAGAAAUCCCCCAGAGCAGCCUGCCUGGGGCCAUUUGGCUCUUUGGAUGGAGAAGUCUUGAACGCCAGCCUUUGACAAAGUUACCUUAGCCACUCUUUAUGAGAGGUCAGGUCCUGCUAUAUUUUUCACGUGCUCUUCAUCUCCAAGGCCAGAUGUUAACUCUUGGAUUGCAGCAGAACCCACUCAUGAGAGGUUUGAACCAUCCUCUGUCUGUGGUAGGAAAAGCUUCUACCGUGGAUCCCAGGACAGACACAGGGGCAGCAGCCACUGGUCUCAUGAACUUGCUGGGAGCUCAUCAUGCAGCUUUCCUGACUCAUCAGUGCUUGUUAUGCUGCUUGUGGUGUGGAAAUGCCUAAAAUUUUCUUUUUACCUUCUCCGUCAAGGAAGCUGGUCCUUCCAGAAUCUCCCUUGGGGCUGUUUGACUCCCAGGUGGUUGGUCUCUGAUGGCCAGACCAUUGCAUUUACCAGUAUGUUCCUGCCACAGGGGAACAGAGUCCUCAACAAAUGGCAGAAGACUUUAAGCAGCCCUCAGCGCAAACUGAUUUUCUAGCUUUUAUUCAAAUUAGAGUAUUCACCUCGCAGUAUCCCCUCAAACCAAUACUCAGUUAAACUUGUGAAACUACCCAUGCAGUGCUCUGCCAUCUCCGUUAUUGGGAUGUGCCCAACAAAUCAAGCAGGAAGAUCCAGCCACAGGAGUUUGCUCAAACAUCUUGACAGCUUUCCUGGGUCAUGGAGAGCCACAAACGUCAGGUCCAUGCCACCUGUCACCCCAGCAGCCGCACAGGGAGGAGGCAGAGCCUCUGGCUGCUGCCUCUCCUGUUUUUCCCAGCAGAUACAGGAAUGCUUUGAUGUCUGCUCCCCUGGCCCCAAGUGCCCAGCACCGGGAUUAACCACCAGUCAGACCCCUCCACCACUUCCAAAUAAAUCUCCUAAACUCAGACAUGCCCCACUCAGAGAAGUCCCAGCAUUCCCAUCUUGCAGAGUAAGAGUUAAAAAUAGAUUCUCCCCUUGCACCUGCCCCUCUGAAGCCAGGACUGUACUUUUAUUUUUACAGCCCAUAUUUCCUGGCGGUUGGCUCCUCUCCUGGGGAAUAGAGAACACGGACAAAUAGAAAAAUUAUCCAUCUUAAUGGUGCAGAAAGGUAGGCGACAUAGAAAGCGCUCACACUAUGCCUGAGUUGGAGGAAACCGUGCUUGCCCUAACUUCUCCCUCCUACAACCUCCUGCUUAGAAACCAAGGCAGAAAUGCAGCUUCAGGGAUGGUCCUUAGGAAAAAUACUGGAUUUUUCUCCUUUUUGCAUUUUUCUAGACGACCCUUCAAAGGGACAGGAGGGCUGCAAAAUUUGAAUAUAGAAUUGCGUGUUUGUGAGAGUGUUAUAUCUGUCUCUGAGGGCUUUUUGGAGCUCAGGUUAGCAUCCCCUAUGCAGAUCUCUGAAGUGGCAAAGGAAGACUGGCUCAGCCACUAUUAAAUGGUUUCAGUGAGGCUGAAUUACUUUUGCAAAAGCCUGUGUGUUUACAUUUCAUAAGCUUAUUUUAAAAUACGUGUAUACAAGAGCAGGCUUAUUUAUAAGGCAGAAUAGCCUGCUGUGUCCUUACCUGACUUAAGUGUUCAAGGAAGCAGCUUUUUUUUUUUUUACUUUUUACAAGCACAGUUUAAAAUAAAAUACUGGUUUGCUGUGCACCAGUGAAUCUGCCCAAGAGGAGGUCAGGGCAAGGUCUUGUUUUCUGACUGUAAAAAGCUAUUUUGCUUGUUUAUGGAGCUUCCUCUUGCCAGCUGUCAUUUUAGGUUAAUCUGUUAAUGACAGCUAUAGGUAAAAAAACCCUCAUUUCUAUCCCCCAGAGUCCUGGCAAGUUUGCAUUGCCAAAAUCCCAAACUAGCCAGGUUUCCCAGCAAACAGCAUUUGGGAACUUUCCAUCGGUAAAGCAGGAUUUGCUGGGUGACCCAUUCGGUCCAGGUUCUUGGCAAGGUUUCUGGCUUCAAGUCCCCCAGGGAAAUACAUGAGAAAGCCUUUUGGGAGGGAUCUUGGCAUUUUCUGUUUCCCCUGAAGGAAGGAUUUCGUUCUUUAUUCUUGGUUUUAAGCAUAUGGACUGGUAACACACCAGCCUGGCAGCAGGAAGGUGAGGAGCAACUUAUGGUGGUGCUGAAAGUCUGCAGGUUGAUGCUGAAGUAUGAUGAGCUGUUACAUAUGGACCUUAAUGGCAGGAUGGGGAGGGUUAGGAGAGCCCCAAGGAGCCAUUGAUUUUCAUGAAAGUGAAGUUUUGACUGUAGGACAUACAAUUCAUCUUGCACAAGGGACAAAAAACCCGUACGUGUUUUUAUGCCUAUGCUCAGAGAUGUUUUUCUGCUUCUUGCAAGCUUCCACAAAGCACGUGGGCCUGGUGGGUAUGAACAUGAAGACCUAGGAGGUAGGGAGGUGAGAAGAUGCCAUUUAUAGUCAGGAAAGAGCUGAAGCAGACCUGGUGUGAGGGAUAAUUUUCCAUCCAGUGAAGCCGUAAACCAAAGCCUUGACCACUGGUGGUUAUUUAAAGGCUCCUGCAGCACUUCCUGCAUUGGGAAGGUACUUGGCCUAUGUUCAGGCUGGGCGACUGCACUUGCAAAGCCAAAUAAACAGCAGCCACUUGAACUUUCCACCUUGCAGGCUCGGCCAGAUGCCUCGUCCCCAGGCUGUGGCGAGGCACCACACCUCAGACAGGCUUUGCAGACAAGCCUCUUUGGGGGAUUCGGGGUGAUGACGACGUUUUAGGGUUGAGGGGUGCUUUUCCUGUUGCAUGAAAGGCCCCAAGGGAAGAGUUUGGGGCUGCUUGGAGCUGAAAAGGGGGUGUCUGGGAAUGGAGAACUGUGUCUCCAGAAUGGGCUGCGAUGCCCUAUGCAUGGGUCCGUGUCCUUCGCUGACCUUGGGCAGAGCAAAGAGAAAGGAAAUUAUAUCCUUUAAAGCUAGAUAUGUACUUUAGAUGCUAAAUUUCCUGAGAGGAGCAUAAUCAAAGUACCCAGGACCAGGGGCCUCAUCUGUCCAUCAAGACAUGUCAGGGAUGCAUGAGUGUGGUGACCAUCCCGUCUGCAGGAUGUCCACAAAGAUGCCAAGGCAUGGUGGUGCUUCAUCAGUUGGGGAGGUUGGAGGUAAUCACUUCCAACCUCAGUCCUGUGACAGUCAAUAUGAAAUGUCAGGCUCUCGUCUGUAUGUAUUUUGCUGCUUUUAUCGAGUUGUAUUUAACACAGUGCAUGUCUCUCUCCACUUCUGACCCUUCCCUGGUGACCCAAGAUGUUUCAGCAACUCACAUGAACCCUGCAAUGGAUGCUCCUUCCUCACAUCCAGCAACAGCCCCUCAGCCUGGGAACUUUUGCAAGACUUGGCAGCGAGGCUGUUGCAGGAGUAUUUCACACAGGACCCAAAAAUAUUGCUGUCGGUGCAGCGUCGGUCGGCCUGAACGCAGGGUCAGGUCCCUAAGAAAUCAGACUGUUGACGAACAAGCUUGAGCAUAUUCAAACGUUUCGUCUGAUUUUCUUGGACUGCAAAGUUUCCAAGGGAGCCAAAAAGCUAGCUGCUCUUCUUGUUGAUUUUGCUGACCAGAAAUACAGCCAUGUUCAGUGAAAUAAGGAAGCUGAAAUUCUUGUAUUGCUGUAGCAGAGAGGGGAAAAGCUCAAUUUGGAAAAGCUCAAAUGUCCGCUUUAGUGAUCAAAGUCCAAGGUGGUGUGCCCCAGCUCUGUUGCCUGCUCUCUGCCUGCACUCAGCAUUGAGGAUGAUCACUCAGGCAUGGGGCAGCCUACAAUAUCUAGCCCCAGGACCAAGAUCCUUGCUUGACAUCCCUCUGGAUUUCUAGCAAAGAAGCAAAUCCAGGGGCAUUUCCCUUAGUCAAGGUCAACAAGAUGGAUCCACACAGGCACUGGGGAGUGCUAAUGCAAGCAGUGCUGAUACCUGCCAGCACUGAACUGGGAUGAGAGAGCAGGAGACUUCAGGCAGGAGCAGAGCAUUGCUUUAAACUGCAAAUGAACUCUGAAAUGACAGUGAACUUGAAGCAAGCCCACGUUUCAGACCAGACUGGCCAUGAAUCAGCUCUGGAAAAUGAAAGACAAAACUUUCUGACUUCAGUUCAAGUUAUGAACUUCUAAACUCCCAAUUAUCUGGUUUAAUGGAAGCAAGCCAGAGACAAAACAUUUUUUGAGGCGAGUGUAUGGGACAGCUUCCUGAAAAUGAACUCAUUGAAAAAGGCGUGAUUUGUUUGAGUCAAAAGUUUUACUCAGUGUCUCAUAUUUUAAAAAUCUUGGUAAAUUUGACAUGAAGAUAUGUUACUGUGGAUCCCAGAGCUGCCCUUGAGCAUCCUCCAUCACUUUGCUGCUCUUUGCUAAAAUGUAGGGGCAUGAUAAAUCACUUCCAAAAAAGAAAGUUGAAGAAAAUACCACAUGUUAAGCCCAUCUGAAUGAUGGCAAAUCUGCAGAAAGCUUUUGCAUAGGACAGCCAUGUAAGCUUACUCCUUUGCCCCCAAGAUAACAACCCCAGGCUGGCAGUGAACGAAGGACAAGUAGGGGCAAUGGGGCAGCCCAUGGCUGGCUUUGCUAUUUCACGGCACAGCUUUGGGGUGGUGGUUACAAUUGGGACAUCCCACGUGUGUGGGUGCACGUUUUCUGGGCAGAUCUUAGUACAGCAGGGUUUUUUGCAGAUGCUGUUCCAGAAAAAAGCUUUUUCCCCUCUGUUUCCCUUUAAAAUACUGAUUAAUUUUCUCUUUUACUUUAAAAAUGGCUCUAUAUUCCCAAAACUGUCUGCAGGCAUUUAAGAAAAUCAGAAUAUAUGCCUGAAGCUCUGCUAGGGAUAAAAAUGCAGAAGAGGUGUCAUGCACGCAGCUGGGCAGCAGUUCCUCCUGCAAGCUGCUAAAAUUGGCACCUGCUAAAGUUAGCAGAGAUUUCUUUGAGUUUUUGUUUGUUUUACUGAAGUGGACAGGUCAAGGACCAGGGUUUAUCUGCGCCCUGACAUCAAAGGGAUCACCCAUGGUCCCAGUUGCAGGGUAUCAUCCUUGUUCUUGGGCUGUGGCUGCAAGCUGGAGGAUGGCGGGGGGUGUGCUGCUGGUGAGGAGCUGGUGGCAUUGUCACCAGCUUUGGAGAGCAUGGUGCACACAGUGAUGCUCCUGCCCAGCUCCUGCCUGCAGUUGUGGUGGCGAAGUGGGGGAAGCUCAGAGUUAAUCCUUGGCUUUAACCAAAAUUUCCUCUUCCUACCCCUACUCGAGACUCGGGCAUUGCGGCAGCCUCCUGGGAGCAUAUUUGGGGCAGGUGCCCCUUCACGACUGAGUUAGGUGAAAGCUUCACGGGUGCAUCCAUCCAAACGCAGGUUGCAGCAGUCCUGCAGGCUCGCAGAGGCUCAGCCAGGGAGGGUGUAGGUCCAGCUUCACGGGAGAGGUCGGUUGACAUUUCCAGACCCUGCAGGGAAGCCUCUUAGCCAGGUCCCUAAAGUCCUUCAGAUGCCGCUGUGGGGUGGAGCAAGUGCAGCACACAGGCAGAGCUCAAGGGAGGUCCUUCUGCUUUGUUUCUAGUAAAUGCCUGCCCAGGGUGUGCUAAUGACAGCAGAGAGGAUGUGCGCCAUCGGUUUGACAAACUACACUGAUGGCAGAUCUGGAAAACAGGGUGGGGAGUGUUACCAACCGGCUGAUAAAAGAAAACCCCGUGGAAAUUCCCACCUGGGAACGUGCAGCAGAGCUUUACACCAUGCCUCAGCUUUUAAUUACAGCGCUCAUUUAGCAGCCCUUGGCUGCCCGUCCCCGUCCCCACGCUGCCCACAGUGCAGGGAGAUAGGCUGGGAACAGAUCAAGCUGAAAAUAAACUUUUUUUUUUUUCUUUUUUAAUUCCCUCAAGGCGAGAUCGGCUCCUGGGUGCCUUCACCAGGGCAGCCAUCAACAUCUCAGUGCCCUUGUGCCAGCAGGGCUGAGCCAAGCCGGGUGGCAGCUGACUUUGCGCUGGAGCGGAUAAGCCCUGUGCCCUGUGGGUGGAGGGGACAUUUUCAGUGCCCCUUGUCUCUGCUCCUUCAGGCUAGACUGCAGUGGGACAGAGUAGGUCCCAUGACAGCCCCUGGGCUUGUUUUGGUUGUCAUGUGCAGUGCCAAAUGUAAAUCAUUUGUGAAAUAGCAAAACAUCCUUUGCGCUGGCUGCUGUGAGUACUCUAUGCACAGUGCCUUUAGGGUGCUGUAGUAUCAUUUUUCUGCUAAGAUUUUUAAAACAGUACAGAUUUCAGCGUGGAGCCAAAUAUAUUAAUAGGAAUGCCCUCAUUUAGCUGCUUCUCCAUACCACAGUAGCUUGUAAUGGGGGGAUCGAUCCACCCCUAAGUCAGCACUGGGUGUUUCUGCACUUCUGCAAGGUCUCCGUAGAUUUUCCUCAAUGUUGCGUUUUCCGUUGGCUACAGACUGGCUCUUUAGGAAGCAACACAAAAAGAGAUGAAGGAAAACCCUCCUGGGGUGCACCCACAACAGGCAGGGUUGGGAAUGGUUGUCUGCCUCCCUCCCCAGGCUGAAACUGUCCUGUGUGUCCCUGGGAGCAGAGGGGCAGGGACCACUCUCGCCAGAUUUCAAAGCAAGUGUUUAACCCGGACAGCUGAGCCACUCCUGAUGACCUCUGGUUCUGGCAGACUGGGAACACCCAGAGUAGGUCCCAUGGCAGCCCUACAGAGCCCAUACGUGCAGGAGCACCUGGUUGGUGCUGCUGAGCCAGGAGCCCAGAGCAGGGAUCAGCAGCACCCAGUGAGUGCGGUGGGGAGAGGGGGUGGUGGUGGGGCAGCCUGGAUUUUAGGCAUGGUCCCGUUUUGCUCAUGGCCCAUGCAGCCGGCAACAUUGCAGAGGAUACUGCCUGGCACUCUUGCCACUGGUGGCAGUGCCCCGUGGUGAAGGUUUUUGGAGCCAAGCACAUCAGCUCAGUCUCUGGGACCCUCUUGAGAUGCAGUAUUGCUGUGUUGGAAUGAGGCUCCCUGGGUUUGCCUCUCCCACAGGUAUUGUGUGACAGGCCCAUCCCCUGCGCAGCAGCUUUGGCUUUUUGCUUGGAGUUAUUGGAGUUGCUUUUUCAUUCACCUCUUUUGCUUUUCCUCCCGCUGAGAGGCAGAGCAAGAGCGUGUGCAUCUCCAAAAACAUUUACUAUCAUCAGUAGCUGGCUGUUGGCUUCAUCAUACAUGAUGAAUUUGGGGUUACGGCUUAAUUUAUCCAGGGAAACUCGUUUGCUUUCAGCUUGAUUAGAGCCAGCUCCAGCACAACAAGGGUGGCUGGGAAAUGCCACCCACACCGGGGUGUCAGAACGCCUCUGAAACCAUCCAGGAGCCAGGGAGCCAAGCAGAGACAGAGCAGCUUGCGUGUCUCCAGGCCAUUAAAGCUUACCCCUGGGGCCUGGGAGGAUGUGCAGAGCACGGAUGAAACACCGCAUCCUGCCUGUCCUGUCCCUACUGGAUCCGGCCAUAGGAGCUGAGGAAGUUUUCCUGCUUAGCAGGGUGGGGAGGCUUCACAUCUCAGCCUUUAUUUAAUUUUCAGGUGAUAAAAGUGUUGCUUCCCUGCCCAGCGCGUCUGAGCAGCCAGCACGUUCAAACACUUCCCUUUGUGCAGGGAAUUUGCAUUUCCCUAAAGGCAGCACCAGUUUUAUGCAAAUACCCCGAUGAAAGAAAAUCAAAGCCAAGCCAUGCUCAUGAGUAAGCAUUCCUGGGCAUUGCUUGAGCAGUCAGAUGCUCUUUUGCAAACUUUGGUGAGGGAGAAGCAGCAUGGCAUUGCUAGCCAUGGGCUCCUCUGGCCCAAAAAGCACUGUGUGAUGACCACUUCGCCUCCCUGUUGUCCCAAGAGCAGUAUCAGUCUGGAAAGUUGCUUUGGGGCUGCAAUGACCCACUAUUGGAUUUUCUUUUCCUGGGUGCACUGUUCCGUGGGACGUGGCACGUUGUGUGUGUUCACAUGACAUUCCACAGCAGGACUGUAGGCAGGAUGGGUUUCUUCCUCUUCCAGCCAUUCCUCUGAGGAUGUGGUCCUUCGCCUUCAAUGGUCUUCAAAAUCACCUGGGUAUGUCUAUUGCGGCCAGCUGGGCUGUGCUGCACAGCCUUCUCCUUAGUUUCUCUCCCAGGAUGGGAAGAGGAGUGAGUAGCAGCAUCCCACAGCAGCUCUGACACGAGCUUCUUGCUUGUGCAAAUCAUUGCAGUUUCUCUUUCUGAGAUGCCAGGGUGUUCACUGGCUUUUAUAAAGCCACCACUGGAAAUCCUUCCUCUGAAUGACAGGAAUAUGAUUAGAUGACUGUUCAUCUUAUAUAUUGAAAGAGACGAUUCAUUUUAAGUGACAGGAAGCACCAGGAUCUCUGUAGUUUGCCAUCAAUUCCCUUUUUAGCUGGUUUUGCGUCAAACAGCAGCUGAGAGCAGCCUAGGCAUGCCAGAGCAUCGCUGCAUUGCCAGUGAGGAUGUGAUUUAAAACAUGCUCAUCUGGAGUGCCAGUAGCCUGCUUUAGCCUUAUGCAGCCCUGAAGAAGACCAGCUUGAUUGUAAUGGGGGAGCCCGUUUUUGCAGUCUGAGACCACAUCCCAAGUGGCAGCAUUGUAGGACUCAGGUCCUAAGAAGUUUCCAGACCAUUUUCCUAAUGCUCAGGAAGUCCUGUUCAAGUGAGGUUUUUUAAUCCCGUUGUUAAUCCAGUUUGGAUCCCACUUGAUGGAGAGCCCUGGGGAAGGGCUGCGGUGCCACCCAGCCACCUAGCCAUCAGGCAGUCAUAGAAUGAGAGAAUGGUUUGGGGUGAAAAGGACCUUUAGAGGUCAUAUAGUCCAACCCCCCUCCCAUGGGUAGAGACAUCUUUCACUAGAUCACUAGCUGCUUAAAGCCCUGUCCAACAUGACCUGGAAGGCUUCCAUGAUGGUCCAACAUGACCAGGAAUGAGGCAUCCACAGGUCCCCUGGGCAACCGGUUCCAGCAUCUCACCACUCUGAUCAUAACAAAGUUCUUCCUUAUAUUCAAUCUAAAUCUAUCCUCUUUCAUUUUAAAACUGUUGCCUCUUGUCUUACCACUGCAGGCCCUAGUGAAAAGUAUUUCUCCAUCCUUCUUAUAAGCCCCCUUUACGGGCCACAGUAAGUUCACCCCGGAGCCUUCACUUUUCCAGGCUGAACAACCCCAGCUCUCUCAGCCUUUCCUCACAGGAGAGGUGUUCCAUCCCUCUGAUCACCUUUGUGGCCCUCCUCUGGAUCCGGCUCGUAACAGCUCCAUGUCUUUCCUGUACUGCGGACCCCAGAGCUGGACACAGCACUCCAGGUGGAGUCUCACCAGAGUGGAGUAGAGGGGCAGAAUCCCCUCCCUUGACCUGCUGGCUGCGUUACUUUUCAUGCAGCCCAGGAUACGGUUGGCUUUCUGGGCUGCAAGCGCACAUUGCUGGCUCAUGUCCUGGUUUUCAUCCACCAGUAUCCCCAAGUCCUUCUCCGCAGGGCUGCUCUCAGUCCAUUCAUGAUACUGGGGGUUGCCCUGAGCCAGGUGCAGGACCUUGCACUUGGCCUUCUUGAACCUCAUGAGGUUCACGUGGGCCCAGUCAUCAAGCCUGUCAGGGUCCCUCUGGAUGGCAUCAUCCAUGAUGGGUAUCAACCACACCACUCAGCUUGGUGUCACCUGCAAAGCUGCUGAGGGUGUACUCAAUCCCACUGCCUGUAUCACUGAUGAAGAUAACUGAACAGUACCAGUCCUAAUAGAGACCCCCGCUGACACUACUUGUUACUGAUCUCCAUCUUUACACACCAGGCAGGCUCUGCGCAAUGAGUGGAGACACCAGUGUCCCACCAGCAAGAGCAGCUGCAUGCAACUUCUAGCAUUUCAUCCCCUUUGAUCUUUUAUUUGGAAGAAAACCACCUUAUUUGCUCUGCAGGCUUUCACGGGCAGGGGACACCUCAGCACCCACCAGCACAGUGUCCCUUGGCACUGGGGUUUUACGCAAGAGCAGCAGCAGCUCAGACCAAAGGAUUUUGUCCCUGUUGCUGGCAGUGGCUGGGUGCAGUGGGUGCAGCCAGGAGAGGGUACAGGAUCAGUCUGUGCCCACAGUCAUGCAGCCAAAUCUGGAAGCUUGAAGGUACCUGCCUUUGUCCCUAGAGCUUUGCUGACAUACUGCUAUUGCAGAGCAGUGGUCCCAUGGCAACUAAGGAGCUGUGCUGUGGCUUAUUCCUGACUUAAGGAGGUUUCCAGAAGGGGGUUGAAGGGGAAACCUUCUAUGCAGGACCUGGGCUUGGUGGGAUGAGCCAGGAGCUUGGCAUGCCAGGGAGUCUGCAGCAUGCCUGGACUUUGCAGCAUCCCAUGCAGGAGCAGGGCAUUUCCUAUCUCCCUUCACUUGUUCCGUGGCUUUUAAUUAUGCUGGCUGACACCCAUCAUGGUUUUCCUGAUAUCUCUUUGUAUUAUUUGUAGCUCUGGAGGGGGUACUUAAUACCUGCAUGCAGCAUCCCAUCCUGCUGGAGGGGUGGUUUCUGCUGUGGGGUGGCAGUGGUCAGGGCUGGUGAGGAUGAUGAGGAGCCAACCCAGGGUUUUCCAUGCAGGACUCCCCCCAUGUGCUGGUGGCCGCCUUCAAAAGUCCUUCAGUGCCCACGACAAGGGAGAGGGCUAGUGGUGUUGCCACCCCCCAGCAGCCUGUCACGAUAUGUAUGAUCCUGUCUCCACAGGGUGAAAUGCAUAGACGCAAUACUGGCCAGCAAGGAUGAGAUGGUUUGGGAGGACAACCUCUGAGAGCAGAGGGUCUGGAUAGUGUAGAAAGUUCAAGGACCCACAAGCCCCGUCUCUACCUGGUGCCAUUGACUUAGGAGAGCUGUCUUUCUCCAGAGCUUGGCUUCUGUGGUCAAUGCUGGCUAUAGCUUGAUCCACCAGAGAAGAAUUUUCCAUGGGGCUGAUGACAGUCAGAGCAUGUUUUCUUCUCUCCCGUGUUGCCAUCCCCAGCACAUCAUGGAGCACUAUUUCAACACUAUCUGCAGGUCGAAAUCCACCCGUUGGGUAGACUGAGUCCCCUGGAACCCCCUUCUUUGUCAACAAACAUCAAAGCCACCGCGGCCAGUUGGUGUUGGGAGUUAUGCAAGAUGUGCCAGUGACGCACAGAGGGCUGCUGAUGCCCUUCGGUCAGGGCUACUGUUGGCUUGAUGAGGUAGGACCAGGCGGCAUAGGGACAUCUUCACAGCGGGAUGCCACCACUGAGUGGGGACAUACCAAACAGCAAAGUUCAGGUCAGGUGGAAAACGGGGCAGUUGGAGACCAGGGGCCAAAACAACAGUGCUGGGGUAGGCAGUAGAAAAACUAAACACAGGCUGCACCUCUCCCAAAAAUAGCCUUCCCGGCACAGGCUCAAGCUGUGCUUCGAAGGGGAGGUCACAACAGCCCCUCCAUGCCCUUCCCAGGGGGCUGCUGCUGCCCAUGCUCCAGGUGCUUCCCCCCGUAAAAGGCUGAGAGGCAUUGCUCCCACACACACAUUUUGCCAUUGAGACACCUGCCACAAGUAUUAAAUUAACUCAAAAUGAUGGGAGAAACCACAACAAGCAGAUGUUCAGCUGCGCCAGAGAUUCAGAGUGGGAGAGGCAUGUGGUGAUGGCAGUUGUCAGGGGGGACCGCUGGGGUCAGCUUGCCCCCCUGUGUGUGUUCUGGCGUGAUGCUGCUGCUUUGGGAUUUUUUUCUUUCCAAGGAUGCUCUUGGGCGAGGCAGGAAGUCCUGAAAUGCCCCAUCAGAUGCAGAAUGCGGUUUUUUUCCUGAUUGCUCUGGCCGAAAGAAAUCCCUGAAGGAAGUGGGGGGAGCUAGCCCCCAGUAUUUGGGGUGCCUCACUUCCCUGUGCAUCAGGCACCGGAGCGUGGGGACCAGCUGUCCCCAAACAACCGAGCCUUUCACCCCCCAAAAGCAAAAACCUCCAGGGUGCACCCUCUGCAGAUUUGGGAGGCAGCCAGCCCAAAGCCUGCUAUUACUUGUCUCUGUGGAGUUGGCCUCUCUUCCACCCCCCUCGCUGGGUUUUUUUUUUCCUCCUUUCCCUUCAAACACAAGCCAGGAAAAGCCUCUGACGUCGGCACAGCUGCUGCGAGCUCCUCGUGGCUGCUGGGAGAAGGCGGCAGAGGGGAUAUCCCGGAUCAUAAAACCAGGACCAUGCUGCGAGCGGGGCCACUGCUGGCUACCCCCUCGCUCUCCGCCGGGAUUUAUGAAGGUGCUGAGGAGCAGCUCUGAGCCCCGCAGCCCCCAGCAGCCCGCCCUGUGAAGCAGCGCACAGCCGCCUCACCUCGUCUCGCCCGGCAUCCCGACCCUCCGACUCAACCAUUCAAGGCUCCCGUGCAUGGAUCGCCCCAGCGAGGGACCGCUGCUGGACGCCGCCGACGCCGCCCCAUAGGCUCCCGGCCCCCUGUGCCGCCCCCAAGUACUCCACAUACCCUGAUGGGGUAACGUGACGGGGGUCACCCUCCCGCCACCGCCACCACCCCACAUGCAGAGGCCUUUCUAGAGCGCAAGGGAGCGUGCGGCACCGGAGGCGGCAGCCACACACCGUCACACACACGCCGAGGACGCCGACACUACAGCAAAGGGAUUUUUAUUGUUAUUAUUAUUAUUAUUAUUAUUAAUAAUAUUAUUAUUAUUACCAUUAAUAUUAUUUUUUCCCAUCUGGCUUUUUACACUGGGGGGCUUGCAGUGUGUCGAGGAAUCAGGCACGCUCCCAGGAGCUGGGAUUAUUUGCACAACAUCUGUAUAUUGAGUUCUCGAUCCUGUUUUAUUUUUAUUUUUUAAGUGCAGAGGAGUUGUUGGGGUCUUUUUUCCCCUCCACGCCACACUUUUGUUGGGUUUUUCUCCCACCAUCAGCACCACCUCAUCCUCCUCCCAUCCCACCAUGGCCCGGAUGAACCGCCCUGCACCAGUGGAGGUCUGCUACAAAAACAUGAGGUUCCUGAUCACCCAUAACCCCACCAAUGCCACACUCAGCACCUUCUUGGAGGACCUGAAGAAGUAUGGUGCCACCACAGUUGUGCGAGUGUGCGAAGUGACCUAUGACAAGACCCCCCUGGAGAAGGACGGGAUCACCGUCAUGGACUGGCCGUUCGAUGAUGGAGCACCUCCUCCCAGCAAGAUAGUGGAAGAUUGGCUCAACUUGUUGAAGACCAAGUUCUGUGAAGACCCUGGCUGCUGCGUGGCCGUGCACUGCGUGGCCGGCCUGGGGCGUGCUCCCGUCCUUGUUGCGCUGGCCUUGAUCGAGAGUGGGAUGAAGUAUGAAGACGCCAUCCAGUUCAUCCGACAGAAGCGCAGAGGAGCCAUCAACAGCAAGCAGCUGACGUACUUGGAAAAAUACCGACCAAAGCAGAGACUCCGAUUUAAGGACCCUCAUAACCACAAGAACAAAUGCUGCAUCAUGUAACCUCAACGACCUCUUGCCAAAAUCUGUGCACACAGACACCCGGGCACUCGCACACAUCCCACCCCCUCACCUCCUUGCCCAGCCCUGUGCACCUCAUGCGCCGCCCCACUGCCAGAGCUGGGGUGGGGGGACAUGGAGCACCACCAGCGUGUUCCAGCACCCACAGCACGGUCGUAUUGCUGGAGCCCCGAAAAAGGCUGCUCUCUCCAGCUACAGCCCUGAGGAGGGAAGGCAGCACUACCCUUUGACUCUUGGUGUUACAGGCAAUGAGCUCAUGUGAUGGUUCUUCAUCGCCUUCCUCCUUCUCCCUUUCCCCUCCCAUUGCACUGAGAGGGUUGGACAAAGGGUGCUUGGUUUGGGGUGAUGCAGGCAGGUCUGUGUCAGUUGGGAAGGGAUGGGGAGCAGGAGGGCUGGAGCACUCCCAGAAAAACCCUUUCCCACCUCUUCCCUAUAAAUAAGGGCUGUAGCAGUGGGGACAGAAGUGGGGAUGGUGCAGUGGCCUCAGGGGGGAAGAUGGUGAUAGCAGGGAGAGGUAAAGGCAGCUUGUAGCUUGGUGCUGGCCCUCUGGCCACAGGAAGGGCUGAGCUAAGUCCCCCAGCACUAUUCUGUGUCUCCUGACCCCUGUGCCACAUCACCCUCUCCCUGUUGCCUUGAUGCCAGCCAGGAUGCUGCAGAUGGGGCUCAUUGGGGGCUUGCUGCAGCAAAGGCAGAGGCUCUGGGAAACUUGAGGACCAUGGUGAGGCUUUGAGGUACCCAGCUUUGGCAGGGUGCAGGGUCAGCGCUGAGUCCCCCAAAGUGUGGAGUGCUCUUAUUUAUAGCUUCCAAAUUCAGUGUACGGGGUGGUGGGUUCUCUUGUGUCAUGUCCCCAUCACUGAGCCACGGCACAAACCCCCAUUCUGGCUGCAAUGUCCUGGGAACACAAUGUGCAUCUCAGGGCAUGUCCAUGUCCUCCACUGCUGUGUCUCCUGGCCAAGGGGCUGGGCUUCAGCUUUCCUGGGGGAUUUUGGGUGCUCCUAGCAAGGGCACAUCACCAAAUUUUGCAUCUGCCUUUCCCGCAUCUGUAACACAGCGCCUGGCACCCCAGAAUCCCCUGGCACAUGCCCUGGUGGGGUGGACUCAGAUCUGCCCCUGAGCCAGGACAUUAAACAUCUCUCGACUUUCUGCCUUUGAACGCUUGCAGCAGCUGGAGCGGUGGGCACAUAGGGGUUGUGGGUUUUUUUUUUCUUUUGACAAGGAUAAGAAAUUUGCUAAUUAAAGAAAAAAAAAACUUUUAAAAAAAUAUGUUUGUCUUCCGCACGUCCUCUGGCCUUUCUUUCUCCCAUUUCUUCCCAGUGGAGCCCGGGAGGUGACCCAUGGCCUCCUCAGACCGAUCCCCAGCACUCAGUCAUGGAUGGCUGCCAUCCGCUGUCACCAGGGCAUACGUGUGGCCCAGUGGAUGCUUCAAGUGUCCUUUGGGCUCGCUGCUGCUCACCCCCUCAGCUGCAGAGGAUCGCAGUUGUUGGGGCAAGGAGGGCUAGUCAUAAAAUGUCUGGUGGUAUUGGGACACCCAACUUGAGAUGCCUUCAGUGGCCUGUGUUGGGUAUCUCCAGAGGUUUGUGUGCCUUCCAAAUCAUAGACUAUCCAGAGACAUUUGCUUCAGAGGGCUGAUCUCUUCAGAUAAGUGGUGAGGAUUAGACAACUUCAGUACCUGCAGAAGGGUAGAGGAUGGCUUCAUGCCUCCACACGUGGGCAGAGGAGGAGCUUGGAGCCAUUUCCAGCACCACUCCUCCUCUCCUGAUAGGGGCCAGCCUGGCUGCACGGCAGGGAUAGCCACCCCAUGGCAUGGGCUCUGGUGACAGAUGAGGUGGGGACCCUCCACACAUCGCCCCAGAGUUGUUGUAACACACACCUUGGGCCUGUCCUAGCCUCCACGCUGCGGGACAUCCCUUGGCCCCCUGAGUUUCUCCUACCCCAUUCCAGACUGUUGAUUCCCGUGCCUCGUAGGAAGGGUGGCAGUGGUCAGAGUGUGUUUGUUGGCAAGGGUGAGCAAUGGGGCUGAUAGGAAGGCCUAAUCCUGUAACACAGCAGUCAUGCUGGGUGGGUCACCAUUCCCUUACUGUCCGGGUGUGUCCUGCUGCUAAAAUAGGUGCUGCUUCAUCCCCGGGGACAAAAGGAGGUGGCUUGGCAUUGCAAUGGGAUAGCCCAAAUCCCUCUUAGGCAGAGGACCUUGCGGUCCCGUGUGCUCCCCAGUCAUAACAGGCUGUGCCAUGAUAUGCGAAGAGUUUAGGAUAAAGCAGUGGGAACCACCGCCUUGCAAGCUUGCAGGUGUUUCUGCCCUGGUGAGAAGAAGAGAUGGUUUCCUCACCCACGCUCCUGGGAGCGUUGCAUGGCAGGUUGCCCAGGGCAAGCGGUCCAAGGCUUCAGCCACGAUGCUUGUGAGUUGGGGUUGGGGUGGGGACAGCGGGGCUUGAAUUCAGCCUCCUUUGGCGAUUGGAACUCGCCGCCUCCUCCAUGCAGGGUUUGAUAGUAGCAAUGCUCAGUGCUGAGCUCUGAUGAGAGUACACUCGGAUCUCGGCUUAGUGGGCUUGUUAGAGGGAACACGAGGGGGACAGGCUUCGCAGUGCUCCUUCGCUUUAUGUAGCAUCAACCCAUCCACCUUAAAAAUAGGGGAGCUUCUAGUGUAAGGGUAGUCCUUGGCCAGUUACAAUCCAUGUGGCCAAAACCUGAGCACCUCUGGCCGGCAGAGUGGCAUCUUGAUACUCUCCAGUUUUAUGAGUCGCUGCAAAAAAACCCCAAAACCAUGCUAAUUUAAUUGUCCUAUUUUUUUUUCUUUUUUGUUUUUUGUUUUUUCUUUUUUCUUUUUUCUUUUUUUAAUGGAUAUCUCCCUCCUGUCCUGGAACUUGCUGUCACCUCCCAUAGACAGGACACCUCAGCAGCCUAGGUGCUGCUGUCCUUUCAUGGAAGGCUUGAACCCACUCCCAAGGUUUCUCUGGGUUGGACUGCCAAAUAUUUGGGGUUUUUUUGAUACAGACUUGGGCUCCUACCUCUGAGGUACCAGCUCCUUGAUGUUUCAGCCUAGACAGGGUUACAGAAACCUAACAGGGUGGGGAAAUUGAGGGGUCUUCCAACCAGGUUUUGGGUGAAAAAAAUUCACAAAGAGCCCAGUUCCUUCACAGAAACGUUGGGACAGUUGGGGAAGAGGGAAGGUUGGAGCUCAGUAGACACAUAGCACCAGAGCAAAGCCUAAGCAGCCAAGGGCUUAUGGUUUGGGCUGCUUUUGGGGUCUCUCCUUGUACACUGAUCUUGUUUCACCUCAGAUGCCAAGAUAUUGAAAGGAGAGCCUUAAAAAUCUGAUUUAUUUGCCAGUUCUGUUAUUGCUCCAUUUGCCUCCAUUGGGUUUUGGCAGACGUCAUAAGCAACAGACACCCCCAUGGCUUUGGCUACAAACCAGCCACCUCACCCUGCCUUUUUCUGCAGAAGCAAAGGACAAAGUCAGUUUUAUACCUCAUCAUUCCAUCCACCUCCCUCACCUCCUCCAUGGAAAGCUGUCAUCUCUCCAUAGUUUGCAGGGACAGGGCUCCAAACCGGUAGCAAGAGCUUCGGUGAUUUAGACCCAAAGGAUGUCAAAGCAGAGAUGCCCUAACCAUCAAACCAAGAGCUUGUAGGCUUUGCCGGGGAAUCGAUCAUGGUUGAAUUUCAUAUGGGGGAAUAAGUCUGAGCAGGAAUUCAUAGUUGUGUCCUCUCACCGGUGGCACAGGUGUGGCCUUAUCUGCAUUUUGUUUAAGAGGCUCAUAUGUCCCUUCUAUUCUCCAUGUUUGUCAGUCAGAUUGGAGCACACGGUGGGGACAGCAGUGGGAAGGAAGGCAACACAGCCAUCGCAGAUGGGCAGCGCUUUAUUUGAGAAAGGUCUGGUGAUGCGUAUUUAAAAACUUUUGCCUUUGUAAAUUCAUAUUAUGAGUCUUGCAGUAAGGCUGAUGCUGUGGUGCUUAGGCUGUGAGCUUCAGAUGAGGAGGUUUAUGAGUAACAGAUUUCCUGAGGAAGCAAAGAGUCUUGCUCUAUCUACAAUAGAACAAGUCGUUUUCUUUUUUUUUUUUUUUUUUUUUAUUAGAUUUGUUUGUUUUUUAUUAGUCCCAGUGGGGAAGCACACAGGGAGAUUCGUGACUUCCAUGCUGUUUCUAGGGUCUUACAUCUUACUUGCUUCCAGCAGGCUGGGUAGGUGCAGUUUGGCGGGUGGAGUUGGAUGGGAUACUGUCUGGUGGGAGAAAAAUGUGGCUGGUUUCUUCGUGCAGCAGGGGGGUCACAGGCCGGCUGGGGUCCUGCUUGCAGGCUCUGGCAGACAUUCCCGGGGAGGGGGGCGUUUCGCCGCACUCAGCUUCCCCUUAGAAAAUGAUCUCCCAGUGAACUCUGGACUUCCCUGCUGUUUCUUUCUGUGCAACAAAGAACUGCAUAUUUUCCUUUUUAACUCUGUGGGCAAUCGUAGUAGUAUGUAGAUUAAGCCCAGAUGACUGUUUGGUUUUUUUUUCUUUUUUCGGUCUGAGCCAUAGCUAAAUUAUUAUACCCAAUGCUUUUUGUAUCAGACAGCAUCACUUUGAAUAUGCAGAUGAGGUAUAGGAUCUUGACACUUUAUAACGUUUUUAAAAAGAAACUUGUCUGUUUACUUAGGUCUUGUGUAAAAAGGAAAAAAAAAUUAUGCCUUUUAGUAAUCACUUCUCUUUUUUUUUGAGUUUUAUGAAAUUACGGUGGUUACACUCCAGCAGCAAAAUAAAAAGCAUUCACUGUUUUGUA